AUGGUCUCCCGGGAAGCUCAAGGGGAGCGCAAUCCCCUUUUCGAGCAGAAGGAAGCCCUCAGUGGGCCAGCCCCAUCUUCCUGAGGCAGAAAGGCUGCCUGUCUGGCUGUGCUGCUGGUGGAGAUCCCGGAGCGAGCUUUCUUUGGUAUCAUCUCCAACCUUGUCUUGUACCUCAACAGCAGUACCUUCAAUUGGGGUGGCUCUCAGGCUUCUCAGGCAGCUUUGGUCUUCAUAGGGGCCUCCUACCUGCUCUCCCCCAUCGGGGUCUGGCUCACAGAUGCUUACCUAGGUCGCUACUGGACUAUUGUGUUCAGCUUCCUCCUCUACCUUCUCUCAGCAAGCCUGUUGCCCACCACGGCCUCACAGGAGGGGCACCUCUGGCUGUGCAGAGAGAUGCCAGCAUACCCAAUACAGCCCUCGUGCCAAGGUAACAUCUCAGGGUGUGAGCAAGAGCUGCCAAGUCCAUACUGUGCCUCUCUCCUGUACACUGGUCUACUGAUCCUGGCCCUUGGCAUCAGCUCUGUGAAAGCCAACCUCACUCCGUUUGGUGCUGAUCAGGUGAGAGAUCUUCUCUCAGAUCCAUUCUUUAUUUGUUUAUUUCAAGGGUUGCAGUGGAAGAUGGCUAAUGACCACAGAGGAUGCACCUCGGCCUCCCAACCUGCCUCUGAUGAGAUCCACAAUAGCAACUGUUUACGCAUUCUCAGUCACCAGACUGAUGGGUCCUGCAAUCUUGGUGAGAAAAAGCUGGAUACCAUUGAGCAGGAUUACAGAAGGUUGCAGUUGAAGGGAAGGAACCAGCCCACGGGGUCUUCACAUGAAUACGCCUCCAACCUCCAAGUGAUGGCAAAGAUCCUGCCAGUUCUGCUCACCCUGAUCCCAUACUGGAUGGUUUACUUCCAGAUGCAGUCAACCUAUUACUUGCAGGGCCUCCAUCUCUCCAUCCCCAACAUCUUUCAGAAAAGUCAUAUGAACAACAGUGCAUUCUCAACAGCCAUAGAUACUGGCUAUACGCUCCCAGGGGCCUGGCUCCUUCUAGCCAAUGUAGUGGUUCUGCUGAUCCUCAUUCCAUUGAAGGAUUGGGUGGUAGACCCAUUCCUAGCAAAGAAGAAGCUUCUGCCAUCAGCACUGAGGAGGAUGGCUCUAGUCAUGUUCUUUGGCCUUGGCUCGGUCCUAUUAGCAGGCUUUCUGGAGACUAAGCGGCUGCAAUAUGUGAACAACAAUCACACAAUCACACAACAAAUUGGGAAAGAUGAAUACUUUGCAGCCCCAAUCUCCAUCUUGUGGCAAAUCCCUCAAUAUUUACUCAUUGGAAUCAGUGAAAUCUUUGCCAGCAUUCCAGGGCUGGAGUUUGCCUAUUCUGAAGCUCCCAGAUCCAUGCAAGGAGUGAUCAUGGGUCUUUUCUUCUUCAUUUCUGGAGUUGGAUCCCCUUUAGGACCUGGCCUCCUCACUUUACUCUCCCUGCCAGCCACUGGUUGGAUGCACUGUCCAGAAGAUUUUGGAAACAUCAACAAAUGUCGGAUGGAUUAUUAUUUCUUCCACCUAGGUGGGAUUCAGGCAGCAACAUGUGUCCUCUUUAUCUGGGUCUCCAUCCGCUAUGAGCGUCAGCAGCGAUCCUCCAGCCGAGGGAAUAACUGA